AUGUCAUCCUCUAUCGUGUCCCCUGAGGAUAUUGCAUUUCUGGAGACGGAGAAAUUCGAUUUCGUAAUCGUAGGCGGAGGUACGCCGGGGCUUGUCGUAGCAACACGGUUGACAGAAGAUCCGGAUGUGCGGGUGUUGGUGCUGGAGUCUGGCUCGAAUAAACUUACCGAUCCUCGGAUUAUGAUACCCAGGCUGGCAGCGACUUUAUUGCGCAACCUAAGGGAAAGACAUUGGGGGGGGGGGGGGUCAACCGCGAUUAACCUGGGCAUGAUAAUCUAUCCAUCAAACUCUGGAUUCGACGCGUGGGAGAAGCUGGGCAAUGAGGGUUGGAAGUGGGAGACCGUGGAACUUUACUUGAGGAAAUUCUAUACCUUGACUUUGCCAUCUCAAAAGAUGCAGGAGAAUUUGCGCCUUGGGUACAUUCAGAAAGAACCUCAAGGCACAACCGGCCCAAUUCAAAUCUCAUUUGGAGAAAGCGACGCAUUCACUCUUUUCAACACAGCUUGGACAAAAACUUUCUCAACCUUGAAGCAGGAGUUGACUGGUGGUCCCAUAUCCGGGGUAGCCAACGACGCUUUCACAAACCCUGCAAUUGUCAACCCAGUAACGAAGGCUCGAAGUCACGUUAGGGCGGAUUACCUGAGCCAGAAAGUGUCAAAUCGACCAAAUUUGGGUAUUCUAACCGAAGUCCUCGUCAACAAGAUCCUAGUUGAGAAGAAAGCCAAUUGCUACUCUGCAAAAGGUGGAAUCCUGGCUGCUAGCGAAGUAUUGCUUGCAGCAGGAACAAUAAAAUCACCACAGCUCCUUGAGCUUUCCGGGGUGGGAGAUGCCAAUUUGCUUAGAUCGCAUGGUAUUGAGAUGCUUAUCGACAACCCAAAUGUGGGUGAGAAUCUCCAAGAUCAUGGCUACGUCCCUUUCAGUUGGGAAGUAGCAGGUGGCCAGACUUCUGGAGAUGUGUUGAGAGAUUCUGAGAUCGCAGGAGCUGCUAUGGCAGCAUACGUGACUGCAAAGGCUAGUAUGGACGAUUUACUCGUUGAGUAUCUGGAUAACGUCGAAUAUCCGGAGUUCCCAUUACAAAAGAAGCAGUUCCAGAUCAUUCGGGACAUCUUGAAAGAUCCUAAGGACGCUACGGGCCAGUUCACGAUGGCACCAUUUCAACUCAAUCUCAAAAAUGGCCCGCACUGCAAAGGCAUUCAUGGCAUGAGUACAGAAGGAAACUACACAAGCAUCGUGUCUGUCCUGAACCACCCCCCAUCCAGAGGAGUCAUUCAUAUCAACUCUCCAGAUCCCAAGGCUCAACCAACUCUGGAUCCUCGAUAUUUCUCGCAUCCGCUCGACUUGAAACUCCACGCCAGACACACCCAGUGGCUAGAGACACUGGCAGCCACGGAGCCGUUCGCGUCUCUACUGGAGAAGAAUGGUCGUAGAAUCCACGCUGACAAGCCAGUCGUCAAUCUUGAAGAUGCGAACAAGGCAGUGGAGGAGAACUUUGUCUCCCACUACCACGUCACGAGCACGUGCCCCAUGUUCCCGAACGGCCCCGAAAGCUGCCCGAAGGGACUCGGAGGAGUUAUCAAUGAGCAUGCCAGUGUCUUCCCCAUGAUCCCUCGGGGGAACAUCCAAGCAUCUGUGUAUGCUGUAGCAGAGAAGGCUGCUGAUAUCAUCAAGGAGGAUCUCCUUGCCAGGAAUAGAGCACGCACGAGAGUUUGA